CUUCCAAAUGAUUAGCUAUCUCAUUUUUCGUAUACAUUAAUAUAGAAAAUUCAGUUGCGAAGCACGAAUCCCACGCAAUCCCACGUGCUGGAUGACACUUUCGUGGUUUUGCAAUCAUUUGAACGUUUCAUCAGUCACUUGUCCAAAGAGGCUCUCUGGUUUGAAUAUAAAACAGGAAAUAGACAAAUGUUGAGUUUCUUUUAUUGAAAAAAAGAAAAUGGUUAACAUAAAAAAUGAUGAAACUACGGAUGUGGUUGCGGAAAAUGGUCCUCAGAAAACAGCAAAGCAACUGCAAAAGGAGGCCAAAAAAUUGGCAAAGUUGGAGAAAUUUAAACAAAAACAGGAGAAAAAGGAAAGUGAAAAGCCAACAAAGGUGAAAGAAAAGCAAGAUAAAAAUGAUAAGAAGAAAGAGAUCACAUCAAUCUAUACUAUUAACGUAGUACCUGGGGAGAAGAAAGAUAUUUCAUGUCCAAUGCCAGAGACGUAUAGCCCACAAUAUGUAGAAGCCGCAUGGUAUGCUUGGUGGGAAAAAGAAGGCUUUUUUAAACCAGAAUAUGGAAGGAAAGAUAUAUUUAAAGAAGAUACGAAAGAAAAAUUUGUAAUGAUAAUACCACCACCUAAUGUAACUGGUUUUUUACAUCUUGGACAUGCUCUAACUAAUGCUGUGGAAGAUACUAUUACUAGAUGGAAUCGUAUGAAAGGCCGUAUGACUCUUUGGAAUCCAGGUUGUGAUCAUGCAGGUAUUGCUACUCAAGUAGUUGUAGAGAAACAGCUUUGGAAAGAAGAAAAGAAAACUCGUCAUGAUAUUGGAAGAGAAGAAUUUAUCAAAAGAAUAUGGCAGUGGAAGCAUGAAAAGGGAGAUAGAAUUUAUUUACAAUUAAGGAAAAUAGGUGGUUCCUUUGAUUGGAGUCGUGCUUGUUUUACAAUGGAUCCUAAAUUAUGUAAAGCUGUAACAGAAGCGUUUGUGCGCUUGCAUGAUGAAGGCAUUAUUUAUCGCAGCAAUCGUUUAGUUAAUUGGUCAUGUGCUCUAAAAAGUGCAAUAUCAGAUAUUGAAGUUGAUAAAGUGGAAUUAAGUGGUCGAACUCUAUUAUCAAUACCUGGCUAUGAAAAGAAAAUAGAAUUUGGGGUUUUAGUAUUUUUUGCUUAUCAGCUCUUUGAUUCGGAAGACCAAAUAAUUGUAGCAACUACUCGUAUCGAAACUAUGUUAGGAGAUACUGCUAUUGCUGUGCAUCCAAACGAUAGUAGAUAUGCACAAUACAUAGGAAAAUAUGUGCAGCAUCCGUUUUGUGAUAGACGUAUACCCAUUGUAGCAGAUGAAUUUGUCGACAUAAACUUUGGCACUGGUUGUGUAAAAAUUACACCAGCUCAUGAUCCAAAUGAUUAUGAAGUAGGAAAAAGACAUAAUCUACCAUUCAUAAAUAUUUUUGAUGAUGAUGGAAAUAUUACUGCAAACUGUGGAAAAUUUACGGGAAUGAAAAGAUUUGACGCUAGGGUGGCUAUCAUUAAGGAAUUGACAGAAAAGGGUCGCGUGAUUACUAUAAAAGAUAAUCCAAUGGUAAUACCUAUAUGCAGUCGAUCAAAAGAUGUCGUUGAACCUCUUGUGAAACCGCAAUGGUAUAUCAAGUGUAAUGAAAUGGCUGCUCAAGCUAAGGAAGCAGUAAGCACAGGUGCCCUGAAAAUAAUUCCAGAACAGUUUAAAAAGACUUGGAAUAUUUGGAUGGAUGGUAUCCGAGAUUGGUGUAUUUCACGUCAGCUCUGGUGGGGUCAUCGCAUUCCUGCUUAUGCAAUUAAAUGUAUUAAUUCUCACGUGAAUAAAAACGAGGCAGAUGAAUAUUGGGUGAGUGCACAUUCUGAAGCAGAAGCAAAAGAAAAGGCAGCCAAGAAAUUAGGCAUUAACAUAGAUAAUAUUAUUGCGGAACAAGAUCCUGAUGUAUUAGACACUUGGUUCUCUUCUGCUCUGUUUCCAUUCUCCAUUUUUGGCUGGCCAGAUGAAACUCCUGAGCUCAAGACAUUCUAUCCAGGUACACUAUUAGAAACUGGUCAUGAUAUACUUUUCUUUUGGGUAGCCAGAAUGGUCUUUAUGGGCCAAAAAUUAUUAGGGCAGUUACCUUUCAGAGAAGUAUAUCUACAUGCAAUGGUGAGAGAUGCACAUGGAAGAAAAAUGAGUAAAUCUUUGGGAAAUGUAAUAGAUCCUAUGGAUGUAAUUAAAGGAAUAUCUUUAGAAGAUCUCCAAAAACAAUUGCUAGAUUCGAAUUUAGAUCCAAAAGAAUUGGAACGAGCUCAAGAAGGUCAACGACGGGAUUAUCCACAAGGCAUUCCUGAAUGUGGUACAGAUGCUUUGCGAUUCGCUCUCUGUGCUUAUACCACUCAAGGACGAGAUAUAAAUUUGGAUAUAUUUCGUGUACAAGGGUAUAGAUUUUUCUGUAACAAGAUAUGGAAUGCUACUAAAUUUGCACUUACUUAUCUUGGAUCUAAAUUUGAACAUGAAUCAAAUGAUGUGAAAUACAAUGGUACUACUAUUGACAUAAUUGGUGAUGGCAAGUGGUAUCAGCAAGCUUUGAAUGAAUCCUGUGUACAGGAGGCACUAGAUAAUUAUUUAGCAACUUAUUCAUAUCUUGAUGGUUAUACACCCUCACAACUUGAUUCAAAAGUUUAUCAAACAUUAAAGAAAUUGAAUAUUAAUUUUGCAAAUUAUUUGCAUCUUAAACGUUGGUAUAAUCAUAUUGCAACAUUUACGGAUGAAGAAAAAACUAUAUUCCGUGCAGAACAAAAUGAAAUAAUACCACAACUUACAUAUACAUGUAAAAAAAGUAAUGAUGAUACGUUUAUGCUGACUGGACAUGAGACAAACGUAGAUUUAUGGAUGCUAUCACGACUCAGUUAUGCUGCCAAAACUUGUGACGAAGCAUUAGCACAAUAUGAUUUUGCAUUAGCUACUACUAUCUGUUAUAAUUUAUGGUUAUAUGAUCUGUGCGAUAUUUAUUUGGAGUAUCUUAAACCUAUAUUUCAAAGUGAAAAUAAAGAGGCAAAGUUGGUGGCACAAAAAGUAUUAUUUAAAACAUUAGAUGUAGGAUUACGUUUAUUGAGUCCGUUUAUGCCGUUUAUAACAGAAGAACUCUAUCAACGUUUACAUCAGAAGAAACUAAUAUAUUCAAGUAUAUGCAUAAGUCCAUAUCCGGACAGUUCCGAAUGUUGUUGGAGAAAUCAAGAGAUUGAGAAAAACGUUGACUUUGUGCAAAAAAUAAUUAAGAACAUUAGAUCUACCCGUGCAACUUACAAUUUACCUAAUAAAACAAAAACCGAAGCAUAUAUCAUAUGUAACAAUUCAGUUUUAAAAGAGAUAAUUGUUCAAUACAAGUCAUUCAUAGAAACUCUUGCAUAUUCUAUUCUUAGCACAGAAAACCCUCCAGAGGGAUGUGCUAUCAUCACUAUAAGCGAUAAAAUUCAAGUGCAUCUCUUACUUAAGGGUUUAAUUGAUCCAAAGAAAGAAUUAGAAAAAUUGAAAAAAAAAGAAGGACAAUUGAUUGAAGUUAUACAAAAAUUAAAACAAGAUUUAGCUACACCUAAUUAUGAUACAAAAGUACCACUCGAUAUUCAAAAAAAUAAUAAGGAAAAAUUGACAAAUAGUAAAGGCGAAUUACAACGAAUAAUUGAUGCACUAAUAGUUUUACAAACAAUGUAAAAGCAUAUAAAAUAGAAAAUUUUAUAAAUUCUACACUUAAUAUAGAUAUACGA